AUGAGAAACCAUACAGUGGUGACAACAUUCAUCCUCCUAGGACUAACAGACAACCCAAACUGGGAAACUGUAAUUUUCCUUUUACUAUUUAUUGCAUAUUUACUCAGUAUCAUUGGAAAUCUGAUCAUUAUCUUUCUCACUCUGCUGGAUUCUCAACUCAAUACACCCAUGUAUUUCUUCCUUCGGAAUUUUUCAUUUUUAGAAAUGUCAUUCACAUCUGUCUGUAUCCCUAGGUACCUGUACAGCAUUGCGACAAUGGAUAAAAGGAUUUCUUAUGAGGCUUGUGUGACUCAGUUAUUUUUUGCUAUCUUGUUUGGUGCAUCAGAGUUUUUUCUGUUGGCUGCCAUGUCAUAUGACCGCUAUGUGGCCAUCUGCAAACCCCUUCACUAUGCGACCAUUAUGAACAACAGAGUUUGUACCCAGCUUGCUGUUACCUCUUGGUUGGCUGGUCUAUUAACAAUCACUCCUGGACUUAUCAUGGGCCUGGGGUUGGAUUUCUGUGAUGCCAAUGUUAUUGACCACUUUGCCUGUGAUUAUUCUCCUAUCCUGAAACUGUCCUGCACAGACACACAGGCCAUAGAAUUGCUAAGUUUCAUUUCAGCCAUUGUCACAUUGCUAAUUACAUUGACCCUAGUGAUACUCUCCUAUGCAUAUAUCAUAAAAACAAUUCUGAAGCUCCCUUCUACCCAGCAGAGGAAGAAGGCUUUCUCUACCUGUUCCUCCCACAUGAUUGUUGUCUCUAUCUCUUAUGGAAGCUGCAUUUUUAUGUAUAUUAAACCUUCUGCAGAGGAAAGAGUAACUUUAAACAAGGGGAUAGCUGUGCUCAACACUUCAAUUGCACCUGCCUUAAAUCCUUUUAUAUAUACCCUAAGAAACAAACAAGUGAAACAUGCCCUGGAUAUGAUAAUUCAAAAAUGUAUAUUUAUUGUCUUAAAAAAAUAG